UCUCCCGCUCUCACCACCGUGCUUUGCUUUCCAUACGCGCCGACGUCUUCAACAGCAGUUUUCCCCUUUUCCAAACUCUAAUUCUCUCACAAUAUGAAACAUAUUCCUCAACCUACCUACUUUUGUUCAAAUGAUACACCAACAAAUCUCUCCCUUUCCAGGAUUGUUGAAGUGGAAAAGGUUGUCUUUUGAAGUUUAACCAUACAAUUUGAGAGUUGCUAUGAUUUGUGCACUACCCUCUAUAUCGUGUUGUGGAAAAGGACACAGCUUACAAAGUUCACCAAAGCCCCCUUUGGAAACACAGCAAUUGCAUAAGUUCAACUCUGUAUCCGAGCUCAAAUUAGUGCAUUCUCUUCUCAUCAAAUCAGGCUCACCUCUCUCACAUCUCCCACUAUCCCGUGUAGCCUCAGUUUGUGCUCUUACCCCCAGUUUCCUCUAUGCUCAACGAAUUUUUCAGCAAGUAGGCCAGUCAGAAACCUCUGCAUGGAAUUCUUGCUUAAGAGACUUUGCUGAAAGUGAUACCCCGUUUGAUGCCAUCUUGUUUUUUCAUCAAUUGCGAAGGCACAAUGUUUGCCCUGACAGUUUUACUUGCUCAUUCGUCCUCAAGGCAUGUGUGAAGUUGAUGGACCUUUCUCACGGUAGAAUAGUUCAUGCGCUCGUUGUGAAACUCGGCCUUCUGUUCAACUUGGUUCUUCAAAAUGUGAUAUUGCAUAUGUAUUCAUCGUGCGGGGAGAUCAAUGAUGCAGUUCUACUGUUUGACAAGAUGUUGCAGCGUGAUGUUGUUACGUGGAAUACGAUGAUCACACAGCUAGUGAAGAGAGGUGAUAUUGCUUUAGCACACCAAAUGUUUUUGGAGAUGCCUGAUAGGAAUUUGAGGUCGUGGACAGCUAUGAUCGCAGGUUUUGUUCGUUGUGGUAAGCCUAAGAAGGCUAUUGAUAUAUUCAGAGAAAUGAAACAAGUGGGCUUGAAACCUAAUGAAGCAACUGUAGUGGCUGUUCUAGCAGCCUGUGCAGAUUUGGGUGAUCUUGAUCUCGGGAGGUGGAUUCAUGAUUAUUCGGAUAAGAGUGGGUUUACGGAAAAUGUCCUAAUUUGUAACAAACUGAUUGAUAUGUACAUCAAAUGUGGAUGUUUACAAGCUGCAAAAGAUGUUUUUGAGGGUAUGAAGAAACGAACAGUUGUCUCGUGGUCAGCCAUGAUUCAAGGGCUAGCACUCCAUGGAAAUGCUGAUGAAGCUUUAGGCCUUUUCUCCAAAAUGAUUCAAACAGGAGUAAAGCCCAACGAUGUCACAUUCAUCGGUCUAUUAAAUGCUUGUAGCCAUAUGGGAUUGAUAAACGAAGGACGUGCAUUCUUUGCCAGGAUGACCAGUGAUUUUGCAAUCACUCCGAGUAUUGAACACUAUGGCUGCAUGGUUGAUCUAUUGAGUCGAGCCGGGCUGCUACAAGAGGCGUAUGAGUUCAUCAAACAGAUGCCUACAACACCGAAUGCAGCCAUAUGGGGCGCCCUUCUUGGUGGGUGCAAAGUUCACAAGGACGUCGAAAUGGCUGAAGUAGCAAUGAAACACAUCCAUGAGCUCGACCCCAACAACGAUGGCUACUACGUUGUGCUGGCAAACAUAUACUCGGAAGCAAAGAAACGGGAAGAUGCAGCGAGAGUGAGAAAGUUGAUGAAAGAGAGGGGGCUAAAGAAAACAUAUGGCUGUAGCUCGAUUACAAUCAAGGGUUUGGUUCACGAAUUUGUGGCUGGCGACGAGUCCCACUCUCAAUCGGAAGAGAUAGUCGAGAAAUGGAACGAAUUGCUGGUACCUCUGAGGCAGAAAGGCUAUGUACCAAAUACCUCAGUUGUUCUACUUGACAUGGAAGAAGAAGAGAAAGAGAGGUAUGUUUUUGGUCACAGUGAGAAACUAGCACUAGUAUUUGGUCUUAUAAACUUGCCUCCACGAGAAACGGUUAGAAUAUUCAAGAAUCUUCGAGUGUGUGAAGAUUGUCAUGCUGCGUUUAAGCUGUUGUCUGAGAUUGUGAAGAGAGAAAUAGUUGUGCGUGAUCGCAAUAGAUUUCAUACUUUUAAAGAUGGCUGUUGCUCUUGCAAGGACUAUUGGUAGUUAGUUGCCAUUCACUUGUUACUUUUGUUUUCUUUUAGUUUAAAUCUUGAAGAAUGAAGUUAAUUUGAAUGAAUUCAUCAUCCA